AUGGACACCAAGUACCCACAUGUUGACACAAUGAAGGCCCUUGGAAUCUUUGAAGAUGUGGAGCUAAUUCUCAAGAACAUGCACUUGGCCAAGCUUUUCUCUUAUCACAUGGAAUCCUACAAGGAGCUCACUUGCGAGUUCUUAGCUUCAAUGAGGUACCACAUGUAUGAAGAGGAAGAUAGAGCUGAUUUGGACCAAGGAUUGGGAUGGAUCACGUUCUUGGCUAAGGGAGAGAAGAGAAUGGUGACCUUUAGGCAGCUGGAAAUCUUGUUUGGGUUCAACUAUGGAGAGGGUACCAAGUGGAACUUCAAGGAAAAGGAACUCCAAAGGGUUUGGGCUACAAUCGCUGAUGGAGUGUACUCUUCCUCAAGGUCCAAGGCAGCUCAGAUCAGGAGCCCAGUCUUGAGGUAUGUGCACAAGGCACUUGCCAACACCUUCUUUGCAAGGAAGGCGACCGGGACCAUCAACGAGGGGGAACUCAAGUUUCUUGACAUGGGAAUCAAGCCCAUUCUCUCACGCACAAGCGAUGGCAAGAGGAUAAGGGGAGAUAGAUCUGACACAGGGAACUUGAUGCCUUUCCUUGACCAUCUCCUUACCUACAAGAUCACAGCCUACAACACUAGACAUCAACGAGGGAGGCGCCUAAGUGUUGGAGGGCUCAUCACUCCUAUCUUGUGUGCUGCUGGAGUGAACCCAACUGAUAGGAGAGCCACUGAACCAGGUUGGAUGGUGAUAUCACCAUAUUUUACAUGA